AUGCCUCCUAAAAAGAAACAGAAAGUAUCCACUGAUACGGAGUCAACAAAAAAGGCAACAAAGAAAGUGUCCGUUUCGUAUAGUCACUGGUUGAUGAAAUCAGAACCAGAAUCAAGAUUUGAAAAUGGAGUUGACAUGAAGUUUAGCAUUGAAGACUUGCAGAAAUGUUCAAAUCAAACUGACUGUUGGGAUGGAGUUCGAAAUUACCAGGCUAGAAACUUCAUGCGAGACCAAAUGAAAGUAGGGAAUAAAAUAUUUUUUUAUCACAGCAAUUGUAAAGUUCCUGGAAUUGCUGGAAUUUGUCAGAUUGUUAAAGAAGGGUAUCCUGAUCAUACUGCAUUUGACAAAAAAGAUCCACAUUAUGACAAGUUGUCUGAUCCCAAAAAUCCUCGAUGGUACAUGGUAGAUGUAAAAUUUGAACGUAUGUUAAAACGUUUCAUCCCUUUGUCUGAAUUGAAAGCACUUUAUUUGAAGCACAAACAAAGUGACGGACCAUUGAAGAACUUAGCCUUGUUCACAGCUGCUCGUCUUUCUGUCCAACCGAUUACGUCAGAAGAAUGGAACUUCAUUAUGGAAUUGGAAAAUAAAGAAUCAACUGCCUGA